AUGGCUGCUUCGUUUUCGUAUGUAUUGGGCUUGGGCGAGGUGUCACCAUGCCAGUUCCUUCUGCUUGGCGACAAAGACGUGCUGUGCACUGUUGUCCGGUCGGAGGAAAGCAGACUCAGACAUUCGCAAGACAAGUCAGCCGCAUCGGCGAUGGAGUUGGCCGCCGAAGUCCAGGCUAUCCCGCUCAGGCAAUCGUCCAUAGACACGCGGUGGAGGACGACAUGUUACAACUUUGCGUUGCCCACUUCAGCCACGUGUCUGCACCUGCGGCCUCGCCUGUAUUCAGGCUGCGCUUUACACGUCAAACACCGCAAUCCAGCCAUCAUCGCCGUCAUCAUCGAAGCCAUCGCUAGAGUCAAAAUUAUCUCGCCCAUACCUGCCAUCCUGUGCCCAGCGCUCAAUUUCCAGGACGCCUACUCGUGA